GUAAGCAAUAUGACCUUUUAAUAAAAUAUAUUUUAAGGAGUACUGUAUUUUCUUACAAAUUGAGAACUCUCAGUCCCUCCUCGGCUCUUACGCUGGUCAGACUAUACAUCAUCCGAGACAAGGGAGAGUUAGGGUUUUGAGUUCGGAACUGUGCAACAAUGGCGGAAGAAGAAAAAUCGAAAACCUCUCCCUUUAUGCUUUACAACUCCAUGACAAAGCAGAAGGAAGUUUUUAAAUCGAAGGUGAAGGGCGAGGUUAGCAUGUAUGUCUGUGGUGUCACUGCUUACGAUUUCAGCCACAUUGGCCACGCUCGUGCUUAUGUCGCUUUCGAUGUCCUCUACCGAUACUUGAUGGAAUUGGGCUAUAAAGUCACUUAUGUUCGGAAUUUCACUGAUGUCGAUGACAAGAUAAUACGCAGAGCGAAUGAGCGUAAGGAGAAUAAUCCGGAAGAUCCACUGAGUGAUCCUUUAAAGUUAAGCAAUCAUUUUUGUGAAGAGUUCCUUAAGGAUAUGGAUGAUUUACAGUGCCAGCUUCCUACUCAUCAACCACGUGUUUCUGAUCACAUGGAUCAGAUUAGAGAUAUGAUAGCCAAGAUAAUUGAAAACGGCUAUGCAUAUCCUCUGGAUGGGGAUGUUUACUUUGCUGCUGAUAAGUUCCCAAAAUAUGGGCGGUUAUCCAGACGGAAGCUUGAGGACAACAGAGCUGGUGAAAGGGUUGCUGUAGAUUCUAGAAAGCGACAUCCUGCUGAUUUUGCUUUAUGGAAGGCUGCCAAACCUGGUGAGCCAAGUUGGGACAGUCCUUGGGGUCCAGGAAGACCAGGAUGGCACAUAGAAUGCAGUGCUAUGAGUAAAGAGUACUUGACGUACUCUUUUGAUAUUCAUGGUGGUGGAAUGGAUUUGAUCUUUCCUCAUCAUGAAAAUGAGCUGGCGCAGAGCUGCGCUGCAUGUGAGGAGACUGACGUUGGUUACUGGUUGCACAACGGGUUUGUGACUGUUAAUGAAGAGAAGAUGUCAAAGUCAACUGGAAACUUCUUCUCUAUCAGAGAGGUUACCAAACAAUACCAUCCUUUGGCUUUGAGGUACUUCUUGCUAAGCAUGAACUACAAUUCUCCUGUCAAUUAUUCAUUGUCGCAAAUAGAUCUUGCAUCCGAUGCAAUCUACCGUGUUUAUCAGACAUUGGAAGAUUGUAGAGAUGCUUUAAAGUCAUUUGAUGAUGAAAGCUCAAACGUGAAGCCUAAAUCAAACAGCAAGCCAUCUGGUGAACGUUCUGAGGCUGUAAACUUUAUUAAAGAUUUUGAGUGCAAAAUGGCUGAUGAUUUGCACACGGCAGAAAUAUUGAAAGGCAGUCUUCAAGAUGCAUUGAAGUCUAUUAAUAACGAAUUGAAUGGGCUUAAGAAAAAGCAAAAGCCGCAAAAAUUGUUAGCUGUUAGGUCUCUUAAAGAAUUGGAGGAUGCAGUCAAGAAGGUUUUGGGUGUCCUAGGGCUACUUUCUACUCUGUCUUAUUCCGAGGUUUUGCUGCAACUGAAGGAGAAGGCUCUAAUUAGAGCUGAGUUAACCGAGGAUGAAGUAACACAUCUGAUUGAAGAAAGGGCCGUUGCCCGGAAAAAUAAAGAUUUUGCGAAAAGUGACGAGGUAAGGAGUAAGUUGACCACUAAGGGUAUCAGCUUGAUGGAUUUACCUCAGGGCACGACUUGGAGGCCAUGUGUGCCAGAAUGAUGCAAUUGACUUAGUUAUGUAAUUCCAGCUUUUUUAUUUAUUUUAAACAUUACAAUUAGAAACUCUUAAGAAAGUGCGUGCACAAGCGAAUCCACUUUCAGUCAACUUAUGUUGAUGACCAAAACAAUCUAUAGAUUGAACGCUGCUAAUCGAGUUAUAACUUACGAACUUGUUUUUCAA